AAUCCAGGGGCUUCUCAGUUUCCCUUUUCGUUCCCUCCUUCCCCAAAAUUUUCCCUCCCUCUGAUUCCAAACAUUUCUUUUUACUCACUGUCAACUCAACAACUCCGCUCCGUCGUCUCUUCAAUUCCCAUUACUUCUCUCCGGUUCUCUCCUUACUUCUUUUUCAAAUUUCUAGGGUGUAAAAUUUAGAGUUUGCACCUUCAGUGUGAUAGGGAUUGCUGUUUGGAUUACUGGGGUCAAUUUGACAGCUUCGGAAGUGAAGGAAAACCGCAUUGUGUCUUGUUUGCUUAAUUCCCUUUUCUGAUUCACAAGAUCUUCAUGAUUGUAGUCACUUUAAUGGGAGAAGAUUUUGGAUGAUUUUUGGUUAGUGAAUAUUCUGGAUUCAGGGAAAGAGAAGUUUAGUGAGUCGGAAUUGUUUUAGUUUGGUUGAGUUGUAAAUCAAGUAUGGAGUGCAACAAAGAUGAGGCCGUAAGGGCAAAACAAAUUGCGGAAGGCAAGAUGCAGAAAGGAGACUUUUCAGCAGCACUAAAGAUUGCUCGCAAGGCUCAACAACUUUUCCCUGAGCUUGAUAAUGUUUCUCAAAUGUUGACAGUAUGUGAUGUUCACUGUUCUGCACAAAAUAAAAUUUUGGGUUCAGAUAUGGAUUGGUAUGGAAUCCUUCAGGUUGAACAGUCAGCUGAUGAGAUAACCAUCAAGAAGCAGUAUAGAAAGCUUGCUCUUUUACUUCAUCCAGAUAAGAACAAAUUUUCUGGUGCUGAGUCAGCUUUCAAGCUGAUUGGGGAAGCACAUAGGGUGCUGUCGGACAAGAUAAAACGUUCUGCAUUUGACAUCAAGUUUAGAGCAGCAGCAAGAACUUCUGUGCCCAAGCCUCAGCCUCAGCCUCAGCCUCAGCAGUCACAAAGGAACCCUUUUAUCAAGAAACAACAUGGGCCUGCGAGUAAUUUUCCAAAUGGUCCUCAUCCACAGUAUGGGACUGCAAAUGCUAUCCCAAAAGCUCCUAAUUCGCAGUUUACAGGCUCGCCUCCUCUCCAAAAUGCACAGGAGGCAUUCUGGACUUGCUGUACCACUUGUGGUAUAAGGUACCAAUACUACAGAAAUUUUGUAAACAGGGUAUUACGUUGUCAAAGUUGCAAACAGUCCUUCACAGCCUAUGAUUUGGGUACUCAAGGUGUGCCACCAGGAUUUACCUGGAGUCAGUUCCCCAAUCAAAAUGUACCAAAUUCUGGGAUUCAGAAAGGCUUUCCAAAUCCAGGGCCUUCUAACGUGGCCUCACAAAGUAAUGGUAGAAAGCCUUGUGGUACAAAAGUUCCUGAUAAGUCUACACGGUUACAUCCUGUCUCAAAUGCAAGAAAUGCUGUUCAGGUUGAUGGGGGUUCAAAGAUCCAAAAGAAAAUAGAUGAUUUUAUGACUGCGAAGGAAGGUGUACAAAUGCCCAAGCCUGAUUUAGCAAAUGGAAAGGAAGGUGUCAGAGGGCCCAAGCCUAAUGUAGCUAAUGGGAAGGAAGGUGGUGGAAUGCCAAAGUCCAAUGUAGGAAAGGCUGGUGAAUCUGGAACUUCAAGAAGUUCAAGCAAGAAGAGAAAGAGGAAGUCAGCUGAAGAACCCAGUGAAAGUGAUGAGGUUGGCGACAGUGAUGAACAACAGAAUGUGGAGGUUCAAGAAAAUGGUAGUAAUCUUGCGAGCCAAAAUUUUGGACCUGGUAUAGGCCAACAGGUUAGAAGAUCUGCAAGGCAAAAGCAAGAUGUUUCUUACAAGGAUAAUGUAGAUGAUGAUGAUUUUGUAAGCCUUCCAAAGAGGCCAAAGGAGAGUGAACAAUCUAAUUCCAGUGGAGAGGAGGUGAAAGAGGCUGGUGUACAUGGUGGGUCAUCUAAUAAUUAUAAAUCAGCUGUUUCUGCUGAGGAAAAUAAGAGAGAGUUGAAACAAAAAGCCACUUUUUCUGUUGAUGAAAACUUGCCAAAUAAGAAAAGCAAAACUGAGAAAGGCAAAGAAAUGGGAAAGGAAGCAGACAUUGCUGAUCACGAUGACAAGAAAUUUGAAGUUAAUGAUAUUUCUAAAGUAUCAGUAAGUCCAGGUGUAAUCGAAUAUCCUGAUGCAGAUUUCACUGAUUUUGAUAAAGAUAAGACAGAAAACUGUUUUGCUGUUAAUCAAGUUUGGGCUAUUUAUGAUACAUGGGAUGGCAUGCCAAGAUUCUAUGCUCGGAUCAAGAAAGUUUUUUCUCCUGGGUUCAAGCUACGUAUUACUUGGCUAGAGCCUGAUCCUGAUGAUGAAAAUGAGAUUUUCUGGUGUGAUGCUGAUCUCCCUGUUGCUUGUGGUAAGUUCAUAAAUGGGAGCAUUGAAGAAACUGAAGAUCUUCUAAUGUUUUCUCAUCAGAUAACUUUGAUCAAAGGUGUUGGUAGACGAUACCUGAUAUAUCCUAAGGUAGGAGAAACAUGGGCUAUUUUUAGAGAUUGGGAUAGCAAGUGGAGUUCUGACCCAGAAAAGCAUAAACCCCCAUAUCAGUUUGACUUUGUUGAAGUAUUGACUGAUUAUAAUGAGAAUACUGGCAUUGGAGUUGGCUAUUUGGGCAAAGUGAAAGGGUUUGUUAGCUUGUUUCAGCGAAUUGCUCAGAAUGGGGUUCUCUUAGUUUGUGUAGAACCACUUGAGCUCUAUAGAUUUUCACAUCGAAUUCCCUCAGUUAGAAUGACUGGCAAGGAGAGGAAAGGUGUCCCUGAAGGAUCUUUCGAGCUUGAUCCUGCUUCCCUGCCGACCUACUUCCAUAAGCCUGUUGAUCCUGGUGAUGUUAAGAUCGAAAAGAAAAAGCUGGAGUCUGAAGUAAAUGGUUUAUGUGCUAAGUCUCCUGAAGGUAAAGUGCAAUCUGUGAUUACUCAGCCUAAAGGAAAUACAUGUUCAGCAGAUGAGAGAAUGGGAACCCCUAAGAAGCCGCUGGAUGAUUGUGCAACGAAUGCCUUAAAAAUCAGAAAAUCUCCUAGGGAUUUGAGCAAGAAAAGUAAUCAAGUAAAUGGAAAUCAGUGCACAACCCAGGCGGAUGUCAAGCUUUCAGAUACUGGAAAGGAUGAAAAACUUAGCAACAUUGCUCAGUCUAUUGGAAAUGCUUCCUCAAGUCAGUGUGAUGAAAACCUGCAUUUACAUCCAAGAGACGGAAACUCUGCCAGUGUAAUGGAAGUCUCUAAUGCCUCUACACCGAGGUCUACAAGUUGCAAAACUGCUGAAUUAGAAUGCUAUGAUUUCAAGGCAGAAAAAUCUGAUGACAAGUUUCAGGUGGAUCAGAUAUGGGCGCUGUAUAAUGAUAGAGAUAGGAUGCCUAAGAGGUAUGCUCAAGUUAAGAAAAUUGAAUCAACCCCUUACUUCAGAUUGCAUGUGUCAAUGCUUGAAGCCUGCUCACUACCUAAAGAUUCAUGGCAGCCUGUUUGUUGCGGGGCAUUUAAAGUUAAAACUGGUAGAACCGGUAUUUUACCGUCCUCUGCUUUUUCUCAUCGGCUAAAAGCUGAAUCUGUUGGUAGGAGUAGAAUUGAAAUAUAUCCAAGGAAGGGUGAGGUAUGGGCAGUGUACAAGAAUUGGAACGCUGAGCCAACAUGUUCUGACCAGGAUAAGUGUGAAUGUGACAUUGUGGAAGUUUUGGAAGAUCAUGAGCAGAGCACGAAAGUGGUGGUAUUGACAUGUGUUAAUGGACCUCAAUCACUCUACAGGGCUCCAAGAAGCCAAAGGACUAAAACUGGUCUUAUGGAAAUUCCGAGGGCUGAUGUUGCUAGAUUUUCUCAUCAGAUUCCGGCUUUUCAGUUGCCAGGGGAGAGAGACAAUCAGCUUAAGGGGUAUUGGAAGCUUGAUCCUUUGGCGAUUCCUGGUAUUGUAAUUUUAGACUGAUUAGGAAAGGAUUAUGUUGUAAACUGUCCUUUUCCCAUCUCACCUUGGUGUAGUCUUGAGCUUUUGUUAGAUUGGUUCAUGUGAAAAAGAAUCGAAAUGAAUCAAGAUGCAAGUUGACAAGAAUCAAUAGUCUUUUUCAUCUGAAAGCAUAUAUGGCCUUAACCAUUAUUUUCCUUUUGUGGGCUGGAUUUCAUGUGGUCUCUUAGAUGAUGAAUUAGUUUCUCUGGAAUUUUAAUAGAAUUUGCCGUGAUCAUUCUGGUAUUUUGCACAGGAACUAACAGUUUGCUAUUUAUUUUGCAUAGUUUGUGAUCUCUUAUUAUAUUAGCGUUUCAGAUUUUACUCAUUGCUUUGAUAAGAGAAGUUUCGGGAUGGGUUAAAUGGA